GCACGGCCCAGGCCAACCCACUCAUCUAAACCCUAGCCCCCCACCGCUCUUCCUUGGUCGGCACAGCCACCACCUCCUCUCCAAUACUCUCUCUCUUUCUCCCUCGCCGCCGGCCUCCUCCGCUUCCCGCCACGCGCCACUUCCGCGACAAAACCAUCAGAGAAGAGAGAGGACUCGCUCAUCUCAUCCGAUGGAGGAGGACUCGCUCACGGGGAUGAUCUCCGCCAUAUCCUGGGUGCCCAGGGGCGCCGCCAAGAGCAUGCCCGUCGUCGCCGACCCGCCCACGCAGGAGGAGAUCGCCGAGGCCAUGAAGACCUUCGCCCUGAGCGGAGGCUCCGGGAGCGACGCUGACGAGGACGAUGAUGCUGGCACCAUGGAACUCGACGGUGCGGCAGAGGUGGAGGAGGUGGAUGAGGCUGCCCGGGCCAAGGCCGUAGCCAAGGCGCUUGGCAAGGGCUCCAGUAAGGUGGACGAUGUUGCUGAUGGGCUCCGCGAGCUCAACAUGGAUGCUUACGAUGAUGAGGACGAAGAGAUUGAUGUUAUCGGCUCCGGUUUGGGGGACUUGUACUAUCCGGACAACGGAAUGGACCCCUAUCUCAAGAAGAACAAUGAGGAGGAGGAGGAUGACGACGACGACGAUGAUUCGGACAUUGAAGAUAAGAUGAUCAUGCCUACCGAUUUUGUUAUUGUCUGCGCACACAGUGAGGAUGAUAUCUUCUCUCUUCAGGUCAACAUUCUUGAAGAAACAGAUGAUGGUGAACAAAAUAUCUUUGUGCAUCAUGAUGUUCCUCUUGCUGAUUUUCCGCUCUGCACUGCUUGGAUGGAUUUUAAUCUCAAAGGUGGCGAAAAAGGGAAUUUUGUAGCUGUUGGAACCAUGGAUCCUGCCAUUGAAAUAUGGGACUUAGAUAUGGUUGAUGAAUUGCAGCCGCACAUGGUGCUAGGAGGACUUUCAAAAAAGAAGAAGGCAAAGGGCAAAAAGGGGAAAAAGUAUAAGAAAGGAAGUCACAGAAGUUCUGUGCUUGGUCUUGCAUGGAACAAGGAAGUGAGGAAUGUUCUAGCUAGUGCAAGUGCUGACACAACUGUGAAAAUCUGGGACGUAGCUGUUGGUAAAUGUGCAGUCACACUAGAACACCAUGAUGACAAGGUUCAAGCAGUUGCAUGGAGCCCACAGUCACCUGAAGUUCUUCUUAGCGGAUCCUUUGACAAAACAGUUGCCGUGAAUGAUAUGAAAGAUGGUGGACAGAGUUGCCAUAAAUGGUCUGUUGAAGCAGAUGUGGAAAGUUUAGCUUGGAAUCCACACAAUGAACACUCAUUUGUGGUCAGUCUUGAAAAUGGGAUGGUUCAAGCCUUCGAUAAGCGAACAGCUUCAUCAAGUUCUUCUGGCCAGCCUAUGUAUACCCUUCAUGCACACGAUAAGGCUGUGUCUUCCAUCUCCUUCAACCCGUCUGCCCCCAACUUUCUUGCAACAGGCUCGGUUGAUAAAAUGGUGAAACUAUGGGAUCUAUCAAACGACAAACCAUCAUGCAUUGCCUCCCAAAAUCCAAAGCUUGGAGCUAUUUUUUCGGUAUCAUUUUCAAAUGACAGCCCCUUCCUAUUAGCAUGUGGAGGUUCAAAAGGCAAACUAAAAGUUUGGGACACGCUAAGGGAGCCUGCCGUAGCACACAAGUUCAGCAAAUAGAUCUGCCGCUACAAGUUAUUUCCGGCAUACACAUGUUUGGGUAGAUUGUUGAAGAGUUGUAGUGUAAGUCUUGCCCUUGUGAGUUUCGAGAGCCCAGUUGUAUAAUGAAUCCAAGCAUAUGUAUUAGUGGUUUGUACAACAAAAAAUUACACUGGGCCAAGGUUUUGGAGUGGAGUUAUCAAGUUAUGACACUGCGUGUUAUGGGCUGUGAACCCGUGGCUGCAUUUCCGAUUUUGUGAAAGAAAGUUAGCAGUCUAAACAGCAGAGCACUUUAACUCGAAUCUAGUUUGAAGCUUUGGACUCAAUAGUUACACAUGGAACAGCUCCAUUUCGUAUAGGUAAAGAAAGGCCUCAUGUCGUCGUGUAAAAACAUUGUUCUUGCCGAUUCUUGGACACAAAUGUAAAUGAGAUUUGAGUUCACUGGAA